AUGGACGUCUCUUCCUUGUUUCUGCUACUAUUCUAUCUUGACGUUACCAUGGUUGCUCAAGCUCAAGAUUGUUCCAGACCUACUGUUGGUAACAACAUGCACGUGGAGGAAUUACUUAAAGAUACAUUUGAAGAUGGAAGUACAGCUACCCUUAAAUGUGAUGUGGGUUACUCCCAAGCAGGCGGGUCUCAAGCCAUCACUUGUACGGCUGGCACGUGGACUCAAGUGACACUGCAAUGCGAGCGGGUCAACUGUGGCCCUGCAGAUAAUGUGGCAAAUGGAAAUCUUGAUUAUUCAGAGGGCACUCUUUUUGGUGACAAAGUAUCCAUCACAUGCAAAUCUGGUUACAUUUUAGUUGGUGCCACUCAACGCCUUUGUUUAGCCUCUACGAAAUGGAGUGAACACCCACCAACAUGUCAAGUGGUGACCUGUGACCCUCCAGUGGGCUUGGAUAAAGGAUCUUUCGGCCCCAUAAAGGACAUCUAUGACUAUGGCAACGUUAUAAAGUACACAUGUACGAAAGGUUAUGUCCUCAAUGGCCCCUCAACAGCAGAAUGCUCUGGAGAUAAAACAUUCAAACCCAAGCCUCCUGAAUGUAUCCAGGUUAAAUGUAAAGAUCUUGACAUUCCAAAUGCUGAGAUUGUUUCAGGCGGCGGUCCGCCUUAUGGGUACAAGGCAUCCGUGACAUUUAGGUGCUUGCCUGGAUACGAGAUGGUUGGAUCUCGCUCCCCGACCUGCGACAUUAACAGCCGUUGGUCACCAGACCCACCAAUUUGUCAGCGUAAAGCAUUCUUUCUUUCAGGAAAUGGUAGCAAUAAUUUGGGUAUGUCAGUGGGUAUUGCCGUUGCAGUCGUCAUUGGAGUAGUUAUCAUCAUUUGCGCUGGAUGCUAUUACUUUGGAGGCCUUGCUUUCAUCACCAAAAAGAACAAAAAGCGCCUCUCCAUCACACUCGGACACAAGCGCGAGCUGAGUGUGAGGACCUUUAAAGGGCGGCGUCGGCCCAGCUUUAAGCGUCUAUCCGUAGACACCGCAGUUGCCUGGUGCACUCCCAUCCCCCAACUGGCCAACAGCCUUUCGGACAUCCUCAAGGGUUGGCACAACAAUGUUGACCAGUGGGUCAGGCGUCAGGCAUGCAAUGCCCUUGGCGGGGAGCUCUCAGCUGGGAGGCUCGGCCCCACGCAGCUCCUCAAAGUACUAAACCCAGCGCCUCUUCCGACAGGACUGUGCCAUCAGCAGCUAGAACCACCGUGCAGCUUGGACGGGAGGCAGAGGAACGCAGCUCGUGGAUGA